AGGCGUGCCUUGUAAGACUAAGAGGUCAGAUUGCCCUUCUUUCCCUGGAGCUGGGGGAUAAUUCAUGGCAAACCCUUCCAAAGCUUCAUGAUGUGUGCCUGAAAUGGGAGGAGGAGACGAGUCAGCUACAGGAUACUCUAAGUGAUGUGAUGGACUUAAGAGAAUUCACAAGUCUUGUGGUCGAUGAAAUGGUCAAGGAGCGUCAUGGAUGUGAUGAAGCAUACAGGGAACAGAGCUAUAAGGUAUUUGAUAAACAUGCUAAAAACCUAAUUUUCUACAUGAAGCUGGUGAUUCAGUCAGUGAGACGGCAUCUGGACAGAAGCGAUAACCCAAUAUACAGGAACGGCCUGCUGGUCCUCGUCAAACAGGCUCAGUCCUCUCAAACCAAAGUGGGUGAGUCGGUCAGACACAUGCUCCACUUUGCCUCCACUCUGAAUGUGGAGAUGUAUUCCACAUUUACAAACAAUGUUUCAGCAGCGAUUCAGCAUUUUAAGGUGCUGAGAGAAGGACUGGAUGGACACAAGCACCCACAUCUCCUCAGCCCGCUGCGAGAGGCGGCACGCAGGCCAGAAAUCUCACAGUCCUGUUCACAAUUACAGGAUAUUCAUGGGACGAGCCUGGAUCAUGUGGCAAGAGACUCUCCUCUUUCUGAAGUGGUGCAAAUGGAUUCUCUCACAAAACACGAUGAACCCUCAGAUACGGAAACUGUAGAAGCAGCAGCAGCUCAUAAAUAUGACAGCAAUGAUUUAAAGAAGGCAGCUGUCUACGAUGAACCUAUACUGAUCCAUGUUGACCUUUUACCCCUUCUGUAUGAAGUUUUGACUGUGACUAAAGGGAAAGACAUGUCCACCCUCAACCAGGUCUGCACUGGAGUUCUUGAGCUGUCGAACUGCUAUGUCCAGGCCGCAAAGGAUGGCUCAGCGAUUGUCAACACCAUUGAGUCACAGACGCUGGAAAGCUUUAGAUCAGAAUUGGUGUCGCUGACGCCACUACUAGUCCAGACAGCACAAGAGAUGGCAAUGAGUUCAUCAAUGAGCACUGAGACUCUCCGCAAACACAGCGUGCAGUUCUCUGACCUCAUUAGCAACAUCCGAAAGGUUUUACUUCCUGUAGCUGGAACAUGGUAUCAUGUUGCAUGUGAUGAACUGCAAAGAAACCUGCAAACCACCACAUCCAGUGCUACACAGAAUCUAAAUGAAGUGGUGAGUUUAUGCACGCAUGUGGUCCAGUUUCUGACAUCAUCUGAUUUGAAAUCCGCUGAUUCUCAGGAAACAUUCAGCAUUUUGAACAACAAGCUGAGCAAAACCCAGAACAAUACAAAGUUUCUCAUAAAGCUUUCCUCUUUACCUGAAAGACAGGUGGAUAAUCGUGAGGGCCUCUGUCUCCUUUGGGGUCUCUCUGUUCAGAUUUUGCUGAAUUCCUUGGAUAAGAUUUUAGGCACAUCGGCUACAAUAAAUCAGCUGAACCCUCAGAAGCGACUGUCGGCUCUGUCAGAGAACUCCUUAAGGAUCCAAGAGGCUACAAGACUCACUAGUCUGAACUGCAAAAGUGCUUACAAGUCAAAACAUCUGACGAUCUGCCAGAAUGAGCUAAAAACACUCACUGAUGCUUAUCUUGAAGCCUUAGAAGAACUUGACGUAAUCCCAAAUCUGACCCAACUUGCAAAAUCAGAAUUCCUGCAGAGACGACUCUUUGUUGAAAUUAGAGUGCUUUCUAAUCAGCUAGGCAAAGAGAACAGAAACUUUGUCUCUGCUUUUCAAAGCAUUGUUGACAUUACUCAUUCUGCAUCUGAACAUUCAGAAGAAGCAAAACAAGAAUUUGAAAAGGCCGCAGAGAAACUUGUUGAAAACGUUCAAUUAGCAGCCAGAAGAGCGGAGGAUUGCUUGAACUACAUCCGUGACCCACGGGCCCGUUCUAACCUGAGGUCCAUCAACGAUCACCUGUGCUUUCAGAUCUCAGAUAUAAUCAGCAGGGCGAGGCUCAUCGUAGAAACUCAUUAUCUCUGUGACACCCUCAGUUUAGAUGUGCAGAUCCAGUGCUGGUCAGCAAAAGCUCAUUAUCUCGUGGCAGAGAUUAUGAAGCAAGACGGUAUUCAACAAGAAGUUAAGGAGAACAUCAAAGCUGGUUUACAGGGAAAGUCAUACGAGGAUUUCAACAAAGAGUUGGCAAUGACGCCAUCUAGAGUCAAAGAUGUGGAAUACCCUGACAAAAUGCCACCACUGCAGAGAGGCAAUGCAGAAACAGUAGAUGCAGCAGAAACUAAUGUUGUCCUCGCAGCUGCUGUGAAGCAUGAACCCAAAGAUGAGAAAAAAGACUUUGGGGCCACCUCUACCGCAUACAGGGAAGAGUUUCCUCUGAGUUACACUUCAGUUUUUCUGAAGCAACAAAGUGACAGCUGGGAUCCAAAGGACAACAAAAUAGUCCAGGUGACGAGAAAGAUGGCCGACACAAUCAGUCACAUGACACAGUACUUAAAGAAGAAAGGCCCAAUACUGAACAAAGAUGUGUUUGUCAAUGCAGCCAAAGAGGUGAUCUCAAACUGUCAGACAGUAACUCAGUUUAUUAGCAUUAUCGCCAACCACAGCCUGGACAAACACUGCACAGUUGAACUGUCCCUCAUCAUUGAGCAGAUUCUGACCAUCACUAAUCAGCUUAGCAUCAUUUCCAGUGUGAACGCUGUAACGCCUGGCUGCAAAUCGUCUGAUGAGAUUCUGGUGAAGAACGCACAAAACCUUCUUCAGACUGUUCUGAGAGGGGUUCACGCUGCAGAAACAGCCUGCAUCACGGGUUUGAAGCAGCCGGAGCCCAACUCCGACGGUGCAGAAGCAACAGCCUUGUGCUUCCAGUGGAAGAAAAAGUUGGAAAUCUAUCGAGCCCAGCAGACGACUAACCCAGAAACGGAUGAUCUUGGUUUAAGAAAAACAUCAUCACACGCUUUAGCUCCCAGUCUCGCCCCCCAGGUUAAUGCAAGAACUACCUUCAAGUAAACAGCUCUGUACAUUCAAAACAACUAGAUGUAAUGUGGUCAAAUCAGGCUUAUAAUCUUCGAACAAAAACAAUUAGAAGAUUAACUCUUUUCUUUCCCGUCAAACGAUCUUGAAAUUUAAAGAAGCAAUGAAAUUCUUGGAAUCUCAGAUACAGCUUCCAAGAGUAAUUUAGGAUCGUCUAAAAAUGACAAGAAUAACAAUUAUAUUUACAAUAUAUUACUAAAGAAGGCCAAUGAAAGUGUCACAUAUUAAAAUUGAACUAAUAUGUCAAACUGUACCUGUAGGACAGGAACUGACAUAAAAGCUACAAUGUGACUUUGUUUCACUUCUUUAUUCAAUAUAUUCAUAAUAAAACCACUUAAACGAUGAACAUGUGUAGUUAAAACCGAAAAGCUGGUGUCACCAUACGAAGAGGAAUAGAAAUCUGUUUAUACAUGAAGCACUCAGUAAAACACACUGUACACAUAAUAUAAAAUGCACAUUUAUAAUGAAAAAUAUCAGAAAAUAACAAAAGAGAACAUUAAAUUUUUUAGGAAAACAAAAAGCAGCACACAUUACUGAGAAAAGCUGCCGCUACUGAAAUGCCUCAUUCUUUAACAAUCUCGCUUUAUGAAUACAGGCUGAAAUACAGUGCUCUACAAAUGCCAAACAGAGAUAGAAACUGCAAUAAGGGCCACAUUUAUUACAUAUAUACAUUUACUUGUAAUGCCUUUCUGAUAAUAUUUCUGUACAGAAAAUACAUGGAAAAAUGUUUUCAUCCAUUUUUCAUUUUGUUUAUCAUUUUUAGGACAUAAAAUAAACAUUUACCUGCUACCUCCAAGCUGGUCAGUGUUUUCCUUUUGUAAAAUGGCACAUGUACAGUGGAUUAAAGAGUGAGUGUAAUCCAUAAAAUGAUACACAUUUUGCCACCGUAUAACCACUGGCAUUACAGACCAACACAAGUAGUGUAUAACUCUAAAAGUGACAGAGAAAUGAAACACCAUUUAGCAAAAAUAAAAUUCAGAAGCGUGGGGCGUGUAUUUGUAUUCAGCCCCUUUGCUUGAUUAAUCCAAAUAUUAAUCAGAUAAUCCAACAUGUAAAAGCUCAGAAAGGACUGAGCUUUUACAUGUUGAUGUUAGAAGUAUGUUGUUUUAGCUGCAGAGUAAUCCUUUGCUCCAAUUUACUGAUUAUCAGAAUAAUCGAUUACCAAAAUUAUUGCUAGUAGUAGCACUAAAAGCAACGAUGGGAAGGUUUAUGUCAUGUGUUAAAAUGGCCCAGUCAAAGUUCAAAGCAAAUUAAUGACAACAUACAGUCUUCACUCAGUCCAACACAGUCUGAACUGCUUUACAGUGAAGAAUGGGCAACAUUCUCAGUCUCCAGAUGGUGCUGAAUACAAACACACACCAUUCCAACUUUUAGAACAAUCUAAAAUCCCAAUAUUAAGUUUGUAACGUGACAAAAUGCGUAAAAGAUACAAAUGCAUUUGCAAGGCCCUGCGAGUCAAAUUGAGUUCCCAAUGCCUGAUAUAAACAGCAAAAAGAAGAAACUAUAGCAAGCUCAGCUAAAAUGACGCAGUGCAAACAUUUCAGCAAAACGCAUCAACUGUACAGAAAUUUUAAGAAGUUUAGCAGCCUGGAAAUAAAUCUGAAAUGCAAUUUUAUGAUGCAUAUGACGAAAGGACUCUUGGUUUUCUAAAAAGGUCAAGUCAUUGACAAAUUAAAAGCUAAUCUCUGGUUCUGGUAAAAAAUGUAAAUAUAAAAGUAAGGACACAUAAUUAGCUCUCAGUGGAAAGGAAUAAAUACUGUCAUAGUAGUGAGUAUACUCAAAAUAGUCUGCAUGAAGAGAAUCAAAAACAUAACACCUCAACUUUUCCCACACUCCUGUUUUUAUGUGAAGCUGUGAUAAUCUGUACAUGAUUAUUUACAGAAAUAAAUAGAGCUGUGUAUUGCUAAAUAAAGAUAAGUGAUAAUGUUUUACAAAACUUAAAGCUGCAGUAUGCAAUUUUUAUAAAA